AUGCCGGGGACCCGCGGGCCGCUUUCCUCUCUGCUCUUGGCGCUGCUGUUGCUGCUGAGGGGACGGUCGACGGCGGCUGCCGCCACCCGCCUGCAGCCGGAGCGAGCGGCGCUACCGGGGGGAGCCCCCGCCUCGGCGGCCUCAGGGUCGGUGUUUAUGCUGAAGGUUCAAGUAAAUGACAUCAUCAGUCAUCAGUACCUGGCACAAGCAGUAGUGGAAGUGUUUGUUAACUACACCAAGACAAAUUCUACUCUCACUGGAAACAACGGAGCAGUAUUAAUAAAAGUUCCUUACAAGUUAGGAUUAAGCUUAACUAUUGUAUCAUACAAAGAUGGCUACAUGUUAACACCUUUGCCUUGGAAAACUGGGAGAAUGCCAAUAUACUCGUCUGUGACGCUCUCGUUGUUCCCACAAAGUCAAGCUAAUAUAUGGCUGUUUGAAGAUAGUGUUCUGAUCACUGGAAAAUUGUCUGAUGCCAAAUCUCAACCAAGUGUUCAGUUUCAAAAAUCUUUAAUAAAGCUUCCAACAGAUCACCAUAUUACAAAUGUUACAGCUUAUUUGACAGUGCCAGAGCAAUUCUUGAAAGUGGACAGUUUUCUUUAUAUGACUGGAAUUCUUCUAAACAAAUCAGGUUUCAAAAGCAUUGAAUUGACUCCUCUUGCUGCAAUAUGUGCAAACGUUCUCUUGGCUGGGAAAGAACUGAAAGUAAAUGGUCCUAUUCAGAUUACACUUCCUCUUCCUACAAGUACUGUAAAAUCAGGAGAUGCUAUACCUGCAUGGACAUUUGAUAUGAAAACUGGUGCUUGGGUAAGCCGUGGCCUAGGAAUGGUGAAGGAAGCAAAUGAUCAGUUAGUAUGGACAUACACUGCUCAACACUUAGGCUACUGGAUUGCAGCUCCACUGCCUGGAACAAGAGAAUCGAUCAUUAGUGCGGUUUCCAAGGACAUAACAGCCUAUCACACAGUGUUCCUUACAGCCAUACUGGGAGGCACUGUUAUCAUUAUAAUUGGAUUUUUUGCUGUUCUUCUUUGUUACUGCAGGGACAAAUGCGGUCAGACACAAAAGAAGGAAAAAAAUACAACCAAGCUGGAUGUCAUAAAAAAAGACCAGACCACAUCAACAACUCACAUAAAUCACAUCAAUGCUGUCAAGGGGUCUUUAAAGUUAGAGGAUAAGUCGCAGCUGUAUACGCCGAAGAUGUCUUCAUACAGCCCUCAAAGAAGGAUGUCCACGGACACAGAAGAUGGAAAAUCACGAGACAAUUUUAAAAUCUACUCGGAAGAUGCUUCUUAUCAGUCAUCCUAUCAGACUGGUCAGUCAAUAAAUUCACCUCAUUCCUUGGAGCCUGGUGCUGGACUCAGACACUUGCAGCCACCAAAACUUACUAACAGUGCUGCUUCCCAGGCUCCUAGGGACAUUCAAGAGCAAAACAGGUAUCUUACACUGCAAGAGGAAAUAUAUGGGCUUUCCCAUAUCCCAGAACAUCUAAUGCAUAUUUACAACCAACCUAUUGCUAUUCUUCAAACUUCUGAUCUUUUCCAUUCCCCAGAACAACUGCACGCUGCUAAAUCAGCAACUCUGCCAAGGAAAGGACAGUUAGUGUAUAGCCCCAUGAUGGAGCCUGUGAAUCGAGAUGGUUACAUACAAACACUACCUAAAAUGCCAGUGCACUCUCAUCCACAGCCUUCUGUCUGCAGAGAUGAGAAAAGCACCUUGGAUGGUGAACAAGGCUUGCCUUCUCAAACGUCAAACUGGGGUCGGUACACUAACAGCUUACUGGAAUCUGUCUCUGUCCCCGGAACUUUGAAUGAAGCAGUUGUAAUGACUCCGUUUUCAUCUGAGCUUCAAGGCAUUUCAGAACAAACGCUACUGGAGCUCUCUAAGGGAAAGCCAUCUCCGCAUCCUCGUGCAUGGUUUGUGUCCCUGGACGGGAAGCCGAUAGCUCAAGUGAGGCAUUCUUUUAUAGAUCUGAAAAAGGGCAGAAAAACAGAGAGUAACGAUACCAGUCUGGACUCCGGUGUGGACAUGAAUGAGCAUCAUCCUGGUAGGAAACUGGAGCGAGAGAAAACCUUCAUUAAAAAUAUGCCGCAUUCAAAGAUCCUUUACUUGGAAGAUCUGGAUCUGAGUAGCAGUGAAAGUGGGACCACUGUGUGUACUCCAGAGGACCAGGCUGUGAGGCACAUUCUGGAUGGAGGGAAUGGGCCAGCCAUAGAACAGCAAGAUGAAGAGGGUCUAAGAAGAAAAACUGUGUCAGGAAGUCAGGAAUCCGGUAUCCCUUCCCCUAAAAAAAGGGAUAGGCCAUCUCUCACAAAAAGAGAUAGCAAGACUAAUAUCUGGAAGAAAAGAGAGGAGAGGCCACUUAUUCCUAUAAAUUAAAACACAAUGUGCUUUGUGUUGUUGCUCUCCCUGCUGGUUGGUGACUUCUUGGCUGCUUGUGUAAUUCUGCAGUGUAGGGUUUACAAGGGAAAUAUUGUUUUCUAGUAUCAAGAAAAAUUAACGUUUUUUAAUGUACAGAUUGAGUUACUUUAACUUCAGCUGGGCAAUUGAUAUUCAAUGGGAAUUAAUUGAUAACAGGGAAACACAUGAAAAAUUUACAAUUCCUAAAAUUUUGCUGGCAGUGUAGAGAGGGUCCACAUUUUAAUUAGCCCGUCAUUUUUUUUGACACAACUCUUAGAAUGCACAGUGAGAAAUGUAGGCACAUCUAUUUUUUUUUUUUUUUUUUUUCCAUUUUUUUGCUGAAGCAGUACUAUAGUGGCUCAAGCCAUUUCUCAGUCUUGUUCCUAAUAAAUGUGAUUAUCUGUACAGUAUUUUAUAUGUGAAUUUUUCUAGGGAUUUGUCACUACCACUUUGUAUAAUGCGUCAUCAUUUAGUCCCUUGGCACCCGAAGAAGAGCUCUGUUGGAUUUCUCAGAAGAGUUCUAGAGCAUUGCUGUCCUCUCUGUGUCCAUCGGUGUGCAAGAGGUAACUGUUUUGUACAGCAGUGGCAGCAGGGGGAUCUGUACAUGCUGUGUGGUUACUGGAGUUCAUGAUCUCUGCUGUCAUAAGAUGUUGCCUAUCUUUUUUAGUCCGCUUUGUUCUGAACUGAGGAUGUUGACAACUGGCAUCAGCAUCCACCUGCUACAGGAAAGGACUGGUUCUGGUCACAUUUAGAGCUGCUGUUACUGCUGAUCUCAGUGGCUUCUUUAAGCUUUGUUGCUAGUUAAAAUCUUCUCUUCUGCAUACUGUUGAAAGAGCUGUGCUCCAAAACAUCGUCUUGGAUUCCUUCGGAUUUAUAAGUUAGACUUUGGACUAUGAUAAUAAGUGUGCAGGUUUAGACAAGUUAUGUUAUAGUAUGUAAUAGUGCCCUUUGGUGGGAAAGCUGUUGCUUUUUAUUUUAUGAUUUGGAGAUGUACGUGCCUACAUUUUACUAAUCCAAGCUACUUAGGUCCUAGAUUGUGCAUCACAGUGGAGUUAAGCAGGCUUUAAAAAUUGGGGUUUUUUAUAAGCAUGAGAGCAGAUUGCAAAAUUUGGUCUGUAAUGCAGUAUAAAUACUACUUAUGACUCAACUUAGAGUUAAGCUUACCAAAAGUCAUGGAUGCAUGAAGUGUAACUAAGAUAUGUAUAGGGGAAGGGAAAGGCCAUCAAAAUGUUCUUUAUUUUUAAUGUUCAUCUUGUUGAAGUGAUAGUUUCAACUUUGGCUAACAGAAAAAUAUACAUACCCUUUGAACGUGCUUUGUAUAUAGAAUGUCUUUCUGUGGCUUUUAAGAUGCUUCCCUGAUUAAAUAAGUUCCAGCAUCUUGGCCUUGGCAGUUUGACUACAAAUCAUCCUAAAAAACGUUAUAAGUGUUUCCUGUAGUUUGUAGUAGUUUAGGUUCAACAGUGAGGUCCAAGCAUGAAAUGCAUGCAGGUAAACUGUAGGGUGCACUUAGUUGACUGCCUGGCACUGCCAUCCUCCUGCCUUUUUGCCACCGUUGUUGAAGCACGCCUUGAUUUUCUUCCAUGCCAGUGCUUCAGGAAUUCUGUCUUCUGAGAAAUUGGGGGGGAGGUUGGGAGUAAAGUGUGAUGGUGGUGUUUAUUAACUUCCAUCUCACGUGUGCACUCAGAGUUGGGAAAUAUCCUAUGUGGCUGGGCUCGUGGGAGUGAAUACUCAGGAAAUUGUUCUGUGAACUGUGUCUCUUCUUUUGGAAUUGUCAGUUGUCUGGUGGCUGUUUCUAGAAGAAUAUGUAAGAUAAUUGGGAUUGUACUAGCAGUCCAUUAGUCCAAGUUUUUCUGACGUCUCUGAUUCUCUUUGGCGAAAAGACGCUGAUUUAAUUAUGCAGUUCAUCUGUUUUAGGGAUUAAGAUGGCUUGCCAUAUUAGCAUCCCUUUGGUACUUUUUCUGGUUAACUAAUUUAACUUCUCUAUACGAAAUACAGUACCUAUUUUCCUGUAUUCAAUCCACUGGUUUAUUUAUAUGACUAAUUUUAUAGCCAAAAGUGAUGAAAAUUUCUUUUUUUCCUUUGUUUGCUUUAUUACUUAUCCAUUAUGUAUUUUGAAGUGUAUUUUUGUAAGAACGCACAAUUUAUUGAAAGUUACUUUUACUUUAGAGGUUCAGCAUUGCCCUGCUUAGAAUUGCAUCAGUUGUGAUGAGUCCCUUUUCGAAAAGAGACUUUCAUAUCUUCUGUUGAAAAUAACAGUAAAUCCUCGAUAGUGGAUUUGAGUUGUCUAAAUUGAGUAUCGUUUUCCUACAGUAAUUUAAAUAUGCAGCAGAUUCUUUCUCUUGUUUAAAGAAUAUUUUAAAUUGUAGGUACCAAGACUACGUCAUUCCUUAAACUCACUUUUAUCAUGGGAAGGCAAAGACUGUAGCAAAUGGCUUUGUUCAUGUCAGCUCAAGUGAAUGAAAUUUUGCGCUCCAGUGAUCCUGUUCUGCAUCAGAGUAGGUAUCUGGUCAGCAAAGAAAAAGGGUUAGAAAUUUUGGAAAGAUCAGUUUAGGAUUUCAAAAGAGCAGUUUCCAAAGAUGCACUGAGUUUGUGCUGAUUCUUGUCUGCUAUGUUGUGGAUCACAAGCAAGGAGUGGAGUUAUUUUCUGAACCUUCAAUCUUAAUGGGCUUUUGGAUGUCUGGAUUAAGCCACAGUUUUGCUCUUGUAGGCCUCUUGAAAGGCUGUCCAUAAGUGCAUCAGCUCCUAGGCAGCCAGGCAAGUUGGAGGGGAAUAUUAUUAUUAAGAAUUCCUUGCUGCUGAGCUUCUCAGUAGUAGGAAGCAAAAUGAAUUUCUUUCUGAAAAUGUGCUUUAUGUUCUCAUGACUGGUAGAGAUGAUUUAUCUGUGGAUAAAGUACGUGUCCUUAGUAGCCUUGCAAUAGCUCUAGCUGUGGUGGGACAUCUGCUAACAACUUCUUUUGUGAACGAAGGGCCUCAGUUCUCUCUUGCCUAAUGAGAAUGUGAGCGUUUGUUUGUGUGGAGUAUUUAAAUUCUUGUCUAGAGUGCACAAGCAGCAGUAAAGGUAAUUCAGUUUCCAAGACUGUCUUGAACUGUUGCUUCCAUCCAUGCUUUGCUUGCUUUGUAGAUCCCAUAUGCCAACUCUACUGUAUGUGACUUGCUGGCAUUUAUCACGUUGUCAUAUACUGCUGGUAACACUGCAGAACACUUUUCUUUAGGUGUAUGUGGGAGGAUAGUUGUAUGAAAACAGAUGAUGCCCCUAAGCGCACAGUGAGAGGGAAUUCUUCCCUGGCCCUAACUUGAGCAUUAAAACUUGUAUUUUUAAAUUUGUCUACUAUUCUAAAAUGAUUAAAACACUUGAUAUCUGUAUGCAGUAUUUACAGGCUAUAUCCUGUAAGUAUAGUCAUCAUUUUCCAUUUGUGUGUUGGAACUUGGUGCACUAGAAACCUAUGUUACCUCUUAGUGACUGGAAUUCUUUAUUUUACUCAUCUGUUCAAGAAAAGGAGUUUUGCUGCAUUGAGUUCUAAUAUUUUCAUUGCAGAUACUGUAUGCUAUGUGUAUGUAGACAAAAUGUUACCGAGAUGUUGAGUUUCUUGCAGCUGGGUAUAUCUUUUCUAUGUGUUAGCAGGUUUUGAUGAGGUGGUUGAUGGAGUGAGCUGAGGCCUUGCUUCUGCAGAUGAAUCCGUGUGGCUCAGAUCAGUGCUUUCAUGCACUGUAAUCAUUUUCAGGAUCUAAAGGGGGUCUAUAAGAAGGGGAUGGAUUCUUUAGCAGGGUCUGUUGUGGCAGGAAAAGGGGAGGUUAUUUCAAAAUAAAAGAGGGAAGACUGGACAUAAGGAAGAAGUACUUUUACAGUAGGAUUGGUGAGGGGCUGGAGGUUGUCCAGAGAUGCAGUGGAUGCCCUGUUGUUGGAGAAACUCGAGGUCAGGCUGGAUGGGGCUCUGAGUACCGUGAUGGAGCUGUAGAUGUUCCUGUUCACUACGGGGGAGUUGGACCAGAUGACCUUCAGGGGUCCCUUCCAACUCAAACGAUUUUAUGAUAUUGUAGAUGAUCAGAUUAAAUAAUACAUAGCUGUAUAUACAUUAGUAUUGUGUAUGGUAACCAGAAUACAAAUGAGCUAAUAAACAGUAAUUUUCUGGUGGUUAUAAUAAGUCAGGUACUGCAGGAAUUUAAAAAAGGAGAAAUGCUUAAGAAUUAGAUUAGAUUAGCAAGAAGGAGCUUGUUAAUACUGUCAGAAUUAGGAGAAGUCUACUAUCUCAUAAACCUGAAAGCACAACUGAUUUGAUAAUUAGGGACAUUAUUUACCAUUGCAGAGCUAGAGAUGAUGCAAGAGAGAUAAUCCAGUAUGUAGGACUGCACAUUUUUAGUUGUCCGCUCUGUUUCUGUGCAGUGAUUUGUACCAAAGAGGGUGAGAUGAUUAGGCAGCACUUCAAAUUCUUCUCGUUAGUUAAAAUAUGAAGCAGAUUAACAAUGUUAUUGCUAUAAUGGUGUACAAAUGAAAAUACAAUACACUACAGCCAUUGUCCACUACUGCAUGUGAAACGUGGCAUACUAGGAAUAUCUGAAGAUCUAAAUUAGCCUGCUGAAGUGCCUUUCUCUGUCAUCAGACUUAUUUUAUCAGUGGGACACGUGACUAUCUGAGAAGCACAGGUAUGUGGUUUUUUUUCUGUUAGCCAAAAACCCCAGUUCAAACCUUCGGUUGUGUAGCUUUUAUAAUGUUUUCAAAGGCAGACCUAGUGUUUUUAUGUUGGAAUACUGACUUCUGCAUGUUGAUGAUGAUGACUGUUGUACACCCUGUCUUUUUUGUAUUUUAUGUUUGAAAAGAAAUUAAAGAAGUAUAUCUUUAGCAAUCAGAACAGUAGUAUCUUUUAAAAACCACAUACAGAAUCCAAUUCAACUUAAUAAGCCAGAAUGAAGCAUCUUGGAAGUCACUGGGCUUAUGAGUCUGAAUCUGUGUUUUUUUAACUUCAGAAAUGAAAUUAUUAUGUUUUUAACAUACAAAGUAUGGUGAUGAUAAAAAGCCACUGUCAGUUGCUAACCCUCAUUGGCGGUAGGACGUAUAUUGAGUGAGGUGUAUUGAGUUUUAUUUGUGUUUUAAAACCAGUUUAUAUCUCAUUGUGAGGCCUACCUGGGAUUGUUUACAUAACCCAAGCUUCUUCAUUGAUUUGAUUUUUGUUUUUUAAAUUUGGUGCAGUUGUACUCGGGCAAAACACGGUGAUAGACCUAUAGAGUUACAAAUGAGUAUUCUUUUAUAGAAUUCUUACUAACUUGUGCCACAGUUCUAACAGAGGACAGGUACGUUUCUCUUAAAGAACUCAUACUACAAGUGGGUUAAGAGAUUUUAAUCUCAACUUCAUUUUCUUUUAACAGCAGUAUUCAGUGUGUUCUGCUUAUUAAAAGACAAAAAUUACCUGAGGUUGUUUUCAAGACUAGCAGAAGAAAUGUGUGUUGUAAGUCUUUACUAUUAACAUUCAGCCUGAAAAUUAUCUUACAGAAUAAGACUGAAAAUUGACUGAAACCUUUUUCAGUCAAUUUACAAUUGCUGAAUAUUUCUAUAUUUGCAUCUGUCCAAAAAGUGUACUGGUACAUUUUUCCUCAGUUUAAUUUUUGAGUUCCUGUGAAGCACUUGGUGCACUUCAGUCCAUGCUAGAAGAAUACUGUUUUUACAGCAUCUUGCUACUGUGUGUGAAGACACUGUUUAGUGCACAGUUUGUGAACGGAGGCCAUAGACCAUCGUUGGGGUACCAAAUUGUAGGUGAGCUGAUGGUUGUGGUCAUCACCUUGUGUGUUGGAGCUUUACACUCAGCAGGCACUUCAUUACCUUCACAGGCAUUUCAGGAAUGUUCAAGAACAGGUAGGAUCUUCAUUUACAACAUUCCUGAUGUUCAACAUUCAGAUUUUAAGUAUUUUUACAUUUUCAUUUUUUAUCGGAGGUGUCUUCUAAUCUCUAUUUAUUACAGUAUCAGUGAAUAUGUUGCUGAAAAUGUAACUAAGACUUGUAAGAUGUUAGAGCUUAUGCAAUAUAAUAAAAUAGUUAAAAGUCAUCAGUGCCAUAACUUCAGUUUUUAUGGUCUUUGAAAUCUCACGUUGUCCAGGGACACACUGGUCUCACUUUUAUCUUUGUUAAAUAGUGCUAAAAAAUAUUCUGUAUUUCUUCCAUGGCCAUAAUUCCAGUGUUCAACCAAUGUUAUCCACCUUAAAAGUUUACCAAUUCUAAUUCAGCCAUAUUCUGUUCCAUUUCUAGUAAAGAAAGCCUUUGAUCUCCACAGUGCAUCUGAUUCCUCUCCGUUUGCUGGCGCAGCUAAAAGUAUUACCUGUGUAAAUUGAUUUUGUUGAAUUGGAAGGAAGUACCCAGAGAGCUAGAAUACUCUUUCAGGUUUUGUUCGUGCUCAUAAUAUUUUUUUUUUUUCUCCAUUCUUUUAUUUAGAUACUUUCUGUGACUCUAAGAGCAAAUAAGAUUUCUGCAUGUCUGAAUGUGCAGAUAUGCCGAAGCAUCGGUUCUACCUACAGAUAACCUCAAAAUAUCCAGAUAGAACAGAAUGAUUGUAUGAUACAGGAGAGCUUAAACCAAACUUCAGGGCUUGAAGUAAUGAUUUUAAUCGCAUAUAGUGCAAGCCUUUUUCUCUUUUUCAGCUUUAUAAAAGCCAUUUGUCGAUUAUCUUGUGUUUGUUCAGAAACACUACAAGACUACAGGCUAGCAUGCCACAAAGGUUCUCCUACCAUAGCAGGCAUUCUCAUGUGCUCUGCAAUCAAAUGCUCUGAGAAGCUACUAUCUUCUAGGAAAUUGCUGGUUUUCUUCUUAUUCACUCAGAAAACAAUAUUUUCAAACUUCCUGACAAGUUGUUUCACUUCAUUUAAACCUAUUGUGAAUUCGCUCGUUGCUUUGAAAUGGAAGGAGUUUCCUUAGUCUCUACAGGAAAGCAAAGCAAUCUCAUGAAUUUUAUUUCCAGUUCAAUAGAGGAAAACUCAGCGUCAGUCAAAUUUCAUUUUAAUGUAAAGAUUAAAUAUUUUUUAAUAUUCAAUAUAAAUUUUUAAAAAUAUUUAUAGUGGGUCGUCAGAUCUAUGAAUGCAAAUAAUUAUACAAAAAAUGAGCUGAAGUUCAACUCAGUCUAUGUUGUCUUAAAAUAAAAAAACCACAAAGCUCAAGCUCUCUGGAUUAAUCAUUAAAUAUCAAUUCAAGUCUGCGAGUGGGUGACACUGGUAAGUUUGUUGUGAAGAAAUUGCAACAAAUUCUGGUUUCCCUUAAAGCUAUAAAGAUACAUACUGUAUACUGUGUCAAGAUUUCAUUCCUCUUGUGAGUAUAAAUUAUCAGUGAACUAUAGCAGAUCUUAAAGAAAGUACCUGAGACUAUAAAUAGGUUCUUUUACAUCUCCCUUGUAUUAUUGUACAUUGAAAAUAGCAGUUGAUAAGACUUUUUUCAGCAGUGAUGUUAAAAUCCAUCUGGCUAUUUAUUACAGCUCUGAAUAAGAACUUUGUUGUAAUUGGUCUUUCAAGAAUAUCAAAGCUGUACUCAUUUUACAUUUCUUGGAGCAAUUUACUUGACUGAAGGCUAAGAACUUAAACAGCAACAAUUUCACAAGUAUGCAGCUAUUUUCUGAAACAUCUGCACCAGCCAGGUCAGUUGCUGUACUUAUUUGAGAUGAUCUAAUGUAAACACUUAUAGCAGCAAUGAAUUAAUUUUUGCGGCGUAUACAGUUAAUGGCAUUGAUUAUUCAUUUAUUAAUUUGUUGUCUGAUCUCCCAGAAAUCCUGUGUAUGGAAUAUAAAAGCGAAAAUACAGCUGUGUUACUUAAAACAAGAAAAUAAUGAGCUGGUAUGCAGAGGAAAUCCUUCCAGGAAUAAAUCUGUUUUUGCAGGUUUGAAGUUGAGGUGAUGAGGGAGUCCUUGUCUUAGGGGUUUUUGUUGAUGACUGAUCUUUCCCACUUGUUUACUCUCUUUUUGUGAAGAAUGGCUUGCUACACGGGUGGAUGUGAAAAUUCAGCACUCUGGGAUGUCUUUGAAUUGAGGAAUUAUCACAGAUACCUGUUGUUAAAGCAGAUGUGUUCCUUGCACUGCCAUUGUCAAAGCGAUGUAGGCUUCUCAAAGCUUGGUUUAUGUCAUCCUUUCUAAUGGUAUGGGACUUCCCAGAAAAUGCUGCCCCAGAAGAGCUUAGAGAAUUAUCCUCAUCAUGCUUUGAAUGCUCACUCAGAGUUGUGCUGUUACAAUCAGAAUCACCUCCUAGGUGGUGGUCAAUAUAACUGCUUAAAAUUAAAUCCUUUACAGACACAGACACUCUUUUGUUGUAAAGUGUUUUGAUGCUACUUGGAGAACUUUCUGAUCAGUGUUCAGAUGAUACUUGCUUGAUUAAAUAUUGAUUUCCAGAGACACAUGUUUCUGGUUCCACUUCUUUUGCAAGUUUUCUUAUGUGUGUAUGAGAACCAUUUGGGAAACGUUCAUGUUUGACUGGCAUAUUGUUUCAAGUCAGAGCAUGGUAUACAGCACAUUGAUCAGUAGGUCAUUGGCUUUUUGGUGCACUAGCCAACUGUCAAUACAUUCCUUAUGAAACUUAAAAGACAAAGGUCAGUUGUGAGCAUAUUUCUCAGCUAAGUAUGGGCUAAUCAAUUGUUUGACCAUUCAGCAGUAAUUCAAUUUUGUCCAGUGUUUUGGGUGUCAAGAGGAACUUCACUGAGCACGAUGGGGGCUGUGCUGCUGGUGAAUAGAGUGAAUACAUCCCAAGUUAUGGACACUGUUAGGCUAUAAAAAAGUUUUCAGGCUGCUGCAAUUGAGGUAUCUAGAUGAGGUGUCUGAAGGCUCUCCAACCGUCUGUAAGAGUAACUUGAGAGUAAGAUCACACACGUUCAUUAAAAUGAGGAAUCAGUGCUGA